GCAAAGCCCUCUCUGAAUCGUCGUAGCCAUAUUGCAAGGAAGCCUCCGCUGCAAGGACAAUUAACUUUCACGGGUUAAUACGUAUUAUAUUGUUACGUUUAAUCGGCGCUGAAAGCAUGAACUAAAGAAAAAAAUCAUACGAGUUGAUACGACUAAUGACAGAAUAUGGAGAGAAUGCAAAACAUCACUGCUCUCAGGCCUCAGUCCUUCUUACACCAAUGCCAGAAACCACCUCGGCACUGAAGAUUUUGCGCCUGAGAUUGCGGAUACCAUAGCAACUUCAAGGCGUUCGGAAACUGCGUCAAUUACACCGAUUGUGGCGUUGCGUUUAAGACUUCUAAAUGUGUUAACGCUCGUACCCAUAUAGCUGCAACACAGUAAGUUAAAGUAUUGGGUUUUGCUUGACGCGCGAUAAGUCCCGAUUGUGUACGCUAUUGAAUGCGUCCUUUUUUGCGUAGCCAGUUUUUACUGUUUAGAUAAUCAUGAUGUUAACACUGGCAUUUGUUAUCCCUUCAAAGUACUAAACCAUCUCUCCGUGAAUUUUUUACCCUAGCAUCGUGGCAUAAGUUUUGUUUUUUUGGUAUUGCUCUGGAUGCUGAAAAUUCAUUUACAUUAUUUUAUUGAGCCAGUUUAUGCUGUUGCAAGUACCUUGUGCAUUAUGGAAAGCAUUAUAUCUAGUCUUUUCGCGAAUUUUCUUGCCCUCGUGGGACUUGUACUGUUGGUUAACCACAGCAGAGUUUCCUCUCUGCAGUGCUACGGGUGCAAUAAUUACGAUCACAAUCCUCGAGGUGGUCCCAUUGACUGCCUAAAUAAAUCAACGAAAACCGACACGCCAAUUGAGAAAACCCUUUCGGAAAUCAGGAUUCUGGACUGUCCGGAGAAACGGCUAUUAAGAUCAUGCCAGGACGAUUCCUUCAGUGAUAUGCCUCUAUUUUUAUACGACAAGCCACUAGGAUGUUACCGAAAAGACGAUUGCAACCCACCUGGCCCAUGUCAACAUGUUUACUGUAUUUGCAACACCCCUCUCUGUAACAACAAGACCGUACUGGAAGUCAUUAAAUCGGACGCAGACGCAACCGCAACAAAUAUGUGCCAUUGCUUGCUCUUACUUUCUGCUAAUUUCUUUAUUACCUGAUUUAAGAAUAUUUUUACGAAACAGUUGUGUUUUUUCGCGAAUUUGUUUUGGCUUGCCGCGGACAAGUUAUCAGGUAUAACGUGCACCGUUUCCUGAGUUGUUUCCUGCAGAAUCAUGGCAAGUACAGCAUUAAUUUUAAUUCAAAAUUAAUCAAAUUUUAAUUCAAAUUUAGCCCGCGGGGUUACUUUAUUAUGCAUGUUGUUCCGUUAAUUAGAAAUAAUUUGCGAUCCCAUUAAUGUUAAAAAGCCCGUGAAGAUAUAAUCUUGGAUGACAUGAUCUUGAUAUAAGCCCGUGAAGAUACGAGCUUGGCUAAAGUGGUUGACUUUAUAGUUUAUACUGGACUUAC